CUUACAUUACUAAGUCAAGUUUUUGGGUCCUACUGUGCUGUUGGGUCGGGUUGCCAUGGUGACACGCAAAGCUUGCUGGGAGCUUCCUACAGCUAGGCGUGCAAGUACUUCAUACACCAUAGAGUAUAGUUCCGGGUCUGGUGGCUAGAGCGACACUUCCGCAGGAAGCGGAAGGGCGAUUGGGUAGGCGGCUCUUUGUCGAAGCUACAGGACCGGCAGGCGGCAGCAGCAACUACGGCGGCGGCGGCAGAACCCAGCAGUGAUGUGGAGGUGGAGACCCACAGGAGCCCCGGACUUCACCUGAGCUACCUCAGUGGUCACCAAGGGUGGCAAGAAAAAGAAGAAAGCCCUGAGUUGGAGGGGACCAGGAUGCCUGAUCGGGACAGCUAUGCCAACGGCACUGGGAGCAGCAGUGGAGGCCCUGGAGGUGGUGGCAGCGAGGAAGCCAGUGGGACAGGGGCAGGCAGUGGUGGGGCCAGCUCAGAUGCCAUCUGCAGAGACUUCCUGAGGAAUGUAUGCAAGCGAGGCAAGCGUUGCCGCUAUCGCCAUCCAGAUAUGAGUGAGGUAUCCAACUUGGGAGUGAGCAAAAAUGAGUUCAUCUUCUGCCAUGACUUCCAGAACAAGGAGUGUAGUCGCCCAAACUGCCGAUUCAUCCAUGGCUCCAAGGAGGAUGAGGAUGGCUAUAAGAAGACAGGAGAGCUUCCCCCUCGGCUGAGGCAGAAAGUGGCAGCUGGCCUGGGCCUUUCACCAGCUGACCUACCAAAUGGCAAGGAGGAGGUCCCUAUCUGCCGUGACUUUCUCAAGGGUGACUGUCAGAGAGGAGCCAAGUGCAAGUUCCGUCACCUGCAGCGGGAUUUUGAGUUUGAUGCUCGGGGUGGAGGAGGAACUGGUGGUGGGGGAUCAACAGGCCCAGUCCCCCCAGGACGACGUCAUGAUCUCUAUGAUAUCUACGACCUCCCUGACAGGGGCUUUGAGGACCAUGAACCAGGCCCCAAGCGCCGGCGAGGUGGAUGCUGCCCCCCAGAUGGCCCCCAUUUUGAAUCAUAUGAAUAUAGCCUGGCUCCACCCCGAGGGGUGGAGUGCAGACUACUAGAGGAGGAGAACGCCAUGCUCAGGAAGCGGGUAGAGGAGCUCAAGAAGCAGGUUAGCAACCUCCUGGCCACCAAUGAGGUACUGCUGGAACAAAAUGCUCAGUUCCGCAAUCAGGCCAAGGUCAUGACCCUGAGCUCCACUGCACCAGCGACUGAGCAGACUCUGGCCCCCACCGUGGGCACUGUCGCCACUUUUAACCAUGGCAUUGCCCAGACUCACACUACUCUCAGCAGCCAGGCUCUACAGCCUCGACCCGUGUCCCAGCAAGAACUGGUGGCCCCUGCUGGAGCUCCAGCUGCUCCCCCAACUAAUGCUGCACCUCCUGCUGCUCCACCACCCCCACCCCCACACUUGAACCCAGAGAUCACACCACUGUCAGCUGCUCUGGCUCAAACAAUUGCCCAGGGAAUGGCACCCCCACCUGUCUCCAUGGCUCCUGUGGCUGUAUCUGUGGCUCCUGUGGCCCCUGUGGCUGUAUCGAUGGCCCAACCUUUGGCAGGAAUCACAAUGAGCCACACCACCACUCCCAUGGUGACUUACCCCAUCGCUUCCCAGAGCAUGCGUAUCACAGCCAUGCCACACUGAUGGGCCUAAUGGACACUACCCUGGAAUAGCCUCCCAGGGCUGGGGUUGAGGGGCCCUUACUCACCCACUCGCCUAGCCCUCCCAGGCCCUGUCUGAAGGGCUCACUCAAGAACUAGGACAAGAGACUACAAGGAGUUUGCUUCUGAGAAAGCGUUGGGCUGGUGUGUUGUGUCUCACCUCCCCUGUAUGAGGGUCCUCUUGUCCAUCUUCCUUCAAGCCUCACAGAGGGGGCUUGCAUGGGAGUACAGACUGAAGCCAGCAGAGAGCAAGGACUGACUAAAGGGCUGUAUGUCUGCUGAUGGGAAGUUGGGGACAUCCCUGGUAUUGUCCUCUCUUCUGCACAGCACAGGUUCCAGCACUGGCUUUGGAAGAAAAAAAUACCCUGCCCAGAGGGAAAGUCAGGAAAGAUUGGGAAGUGGGUGGCCAGGAGAGAAGGCCUGACAGGAGCCUUCAGACAAUUUGGGGCCUAGUUGAGUUGGACAAUAUAGGAACUGCUCCCGGGCCCGUGGGAAGGCGGGGACCAUAGUACUCCAGCCCAAAGAGUAGGGGAGCGUUCAUUACCUUGACUUGGCCUGGAAAUCUAUAGGGCAGGGCCCACCACUUUCCAAAGAAAUAAAAAAACAAUUAUUUUUAACAAAUGGAGGCAGUGAAAACUUGCUUAGGUAUUCUGUGUGAAUAUGGGAGCAGUAAAUAGAUCUCAUGCCAAAAUGGGAUAAAGACCCCACCCUCACAUAGCUUGGGUAAGGUUGGAGGGAAGCCAGUGAAGAAGGGUAGGGACCCAGAACAAGACCAAAUGGGGCUUUGGGGAAGGCACUUUGUGAGGUAAAAGCAUUGGAGCCACCUAGUCUAGUUUAAAAAUAGUCCCAUCUGUUCUGGUUUCUAUGUGCAUGUACUAUUCCCAGGUUGCCUUAGUAACCAGGGCUCCUAGGGUCAUUUAGCGGGGCAGGUACUAAGGAGGGUGGAGGUUCUGGGAAAUGGGAAUGGGAUAUGUAUUGACAGAUCCUUCUCCUAUUCAAACAGAGCAGGGCAGGUGGUGAUUGUUCUCUGAGUUGUUGAUGGGGGUUAAUGUCCCUCCUACCCCAUCCGUUCCUCAGUAACCAAUGCCUUAAGCCUUCAAGGCUUGGGAGGUGCUGGGAAAAGGAGAGUUCUUCUGGGAACACAAGCCUCAGAGUUCAUCCCUUUCUUCCCUCUGCCUCCACAUAGGACCACAGAAGUUUUAAAUCCGGUUAAGAGUCACUAAGGCCUAGGGCCCCAAUAGCCAAACCUCAGUUCCCCCUCAGCUCAUGGCUGAUGUAGGGGAAACAACUCAGGUGUCUAGUCUAAUGGGACAGUGGAUUUGGGGGUAGAGAAAGUGAUCCUGGGUUAUUCUCCCCCCAUCAUGUCUCCUGCUACCUCUUGCUCUCGUCCGGUUGAUCACUCAGGUUACACCUGGGGUUGGAGAUAGGCUGGGUAGGUCAAGGCUGGUCAUUAAAAAAAAAAGAAUGGGCCUAAAGACUAAAAAUGGGCAAAUACUGAAGUAUUGUUUGUGGAUUUUAGAAACCACACAUUGAUAAGCUUAAUGUUGGUUUUCUGGCACAAUUUUGCAUUAUUAAAGAGAUGGUUUAUGAGCAUUUA